AUGGUCUAUUAUGUUGAUGAUGAAACUGAUAAAGAAUGGAGUGUUGCUGUGCAUCUAAAGCCAAGAGAUCUGUUAGACAUGGGAGAUGUUAAUGAAGAAGAAAUAUACGAGAAUGAGCCAUACCAACAGCAAGAAUUGGAGCAAUUUUUUGAUAUUAGUUAUGAGAAUAUCCAAAUUGCAAUAGAGGAGCAUAUUAAGCAAUUACUUUCUUCGAGUUUAAAGCAUUAUAAUAUAGAAACUAUUGCAAGGUGUGGUCGAGAUUGCAAAUAUGCCAAGGGCCAAACAUUACCAAAACUUGCAAAAGCUGCAGCACAGCCGACUCAUUCAGUUCAAGCCACAUCACAAUUGAAUCCUUACGUACAUGCAGCAUCACAGCUGACACAAUCCAAAAAGCGUCCUGGACAUGAGUCUUUGCAACAUUGGACAGUUGAUGCAAUAUAUAUACUAAGGGCCAAGCGUUACCAGAACUUGCAAAAGUCAAUUCAGCCAUCUUCUAGUUCACAAGGUGCUGCAGCACAGCCGACUCAUUCAGUUCAAGCCACAUCACAAUUGAAUCCUUACGUACAUGCAGCAUCACAGCUGACACAAUCCAAAAAGCGUCCUGGACAUGAGUCUUUGCAACAUUGGACAGUUGAUGCAAUAUAUAUACUAAGGGCCAAGCGUUACCAGAACUUGCAAAAGUCAAUUCAGCCAUCUUCUAGUUCACAAGGUUUGGUAUCAUUUUUUCAACCGACAUCACGACCGACACAUUCAGUCCAAGCCACAGCACAUCAGACUGCAUCAGUUCAGACAACAUCAUUGCCGACCCCAUCAAUUCAUGCCACAUCACAACCGCUCCCGUCAUUUCAGGCUGCAGCACAGCCGACUCAUUCAGUUCAAGCCACAUCACAAUUGAAUCCUUACGUACAUGCAGCAUCACACACGACACAAUCCAAAAAGCGUCCUGGACGUGAGUCUCUACAACAUUGGACUGUUGAUGCAAUAGCCUUGGACAGUCAAAUUGUUGCACACAUUGGUGGCUCCAAACCAAACUCCAGAAGAAGAGCUGAAAUGAUGGCUGAAUCUGGACAAAAACCUGGACGAGCGCAACUCUACCUUGCUACUCAUAAGAAGGAAGAUGGCUCAUAUGUUAAUGAAGCGGCAAGAGAAAUAUGUGAAAAAAUUGAGCUAAUUGUAAGUCAAAGCGCCACAGAUGAGUCUAAAGUUUCAACAAAUGAUGUCGUCGGUAAGGUGCUAGGAAAAGAGCAUUCUGGAAGGGUAAGGUGCUUGGGGUUAGGAGCUACCCCGAGUAAUGUUUUUAGACAAACAAGACGCCGUUUUGGAGGUAUAAAUACUUCCAAUUGUGAUAAUGGUUCAUGUUUAUCCCAAUGCGAAGAGAAAUACAAUCAGAUUUUGAAUGCUCACAAUCAAAGCCAAGAGAACUAUGCUCAAAUGAUGACUGCACACUACCAAAUGAUGAAUGCUUUCAAGGCAUAUAUGAUUAUGAAAGAAGGGACAAUACCUGAACAAUUUGCUGGGAUCUUUGUUUCUCUCUCCUCCUGCAGCGGUAAAUAAAAUCUAGUUAUAUGCAGUUUUUUAAUUGGAAAAACUAAAAAUAAACAUUAAUGCUUUU